CUUCGCCCACGACCCGCUCCCGCACACUAUUCUUCCUCUCCUGCCGCCCGAAGCGAAGGCGGGCUCGGCUUUACGAGGAUGAGGACGACGAGGACGACGACGAGCGGGGCGGGCUCAUCAAGCGACGCGCGGUCGCGCUGGACGUCGACUUGGCUCCGCAGUGGGCAGAUACAGCCGACAAUGUCGAGACCCUCCUUGCCGGCAUACAGACAAAAAUCGCCAUGCUCGACAAGCUGCACGCGAAACACCUAUUGCCGGCGUUUGCGGACCGGUCGAAGGAAGAACAGGACAUUGACCGCCUCACCAGCGAAAUCACCUCUGACUUCCGAGCAUGUCAUUCUCAAGUGACGCGCGUCGCGCAGCACGCGUUUCCCCCAACCGCAGCGCCCUCGCAGGCCGCGCGGAAUGUGCAACGCGCCCUAGCAGCCAAAGUGCAAACGCUGUCCGCAACUUUCCGCAAGAAGCAGCGCAACUAUAUGCAGAAGCUCCAGAGCCAGAACCUCUCCUCAUCCGGCAUACCUGGCACUCCGCGCUCGCCAGUCUCGCCUCGGCUCGGCGCGCUAGACCUUGACACCGGCGUGGACGAUGACCUCCGCUUCGCUCGCCAAACUCAGCAACAAGCCUUUGCCACCCAGAUAGAUGAGCCCGAUCAGGCAUACGCAGAGCGCACGCGGGAGCUCUCCGACAUCGCGGACUCUAUUGCCCAGCUCGCGGAUCUGUUUCGGGAGCUCGAGGGCCUGGUUAUCGACCAGGGAACGCUGCUUGACAGCGUUGAGUACAAUAUCGAGCAGACAGCUGUACACAUGGAAGACGCUGUAAAGGAGCUGAAUACGGCCGUCAAAUACCAGAAACACACCGGCCGACGCGCAUGCAUAUUCCUCCUCAUCCUGGUCAUCAUCGCGCUAGCGACUGCACUGGCUGUACGCCCACGGGGAAGCCACGACGAUAGCACACCAUCGCAGCCGGUAGAAGGCGGAGGAGGCGGAAGCGAGACGCGGUAACAGUGGACCCUCCCCGGCGAGAUCUACAUUCUGCCUGCCAUGCCUUCUCGUCGACUUGAUGGAAUUCCAUGCGAUGGACUAGGAUGGACUUCACUCGAUGCGAUGGAUCACUCGUCGAUAGGAAGGCGUCCGGCCCGCUUCAUACCCGUUUCUUCCAUCCUACGCGCGCAGAUGGCACUGGUACGCAUCUGCUGACUUGCUCUUGCCAAAGUCCACAUCGCGAUGGAACUUUUAAGGCCGGAGAUUGGACUUUUCAAGACCCGCGAUUACGCUUCGAGCACGAUUAUCGACAUCGAUGCCACCUGGUAUGGAUCACGGGUGGUCUGAAUACCGGGUCAUCGGGUAAAGCGUCGAGUACUCGGGAUAACAUGUAGACGGAUCUUGGUUGGGCGCAAUUGUACGCGUAUGGCAGACAUGUUUGCUCUUGAUGACGGCUCACGUGCG